UUAAUAUCUGAAAAUAUGGUUAAAUAUUUAGCUGUGUUAACUAAUAUCUUACAGCAACCUCCCACACACUCGCCUGUUGAGACAUCUCCUGAAACACCAUCUAAAGAGAAAAUCAAUGUAAGACUACCCAGAGCCCUCAAGCCUCUCCACUAUAUGGUCAAACUUCAACCUUUUAUUAAUGGCAACUUCAGCAUCAUGGGAUACGUGGAGGUGGAGAUGGAGGUUGUUGAGCCGACCUCCAACAUUACUCUUCAUAUUAAUGAUAUAAUCACAAACAACGAAACCAUCAAGUUGACACCUUCUGAUGAUCGGACGGGACCCGGGAUAAGGAUUGUAAGGCAUCUAUGUGACAAAGAACGAGAAUUUUACAUUGCCAAAUUAAACGAGGAGCUAAAGCCUGGGAAGAAAUAUGUUCUUUCCAUGGAGUUCGUUGGUUACCUCAAUGAUGAUCUCGUUGGUUUCUACAGAUCUUCAUACACGGAUGAACAAGGGAAUGAAAAAUGGAUCGCAGUGACUCAGUUCCAACCAACGGACGCCAGAAGAGCCUUUCCAUGUUUUGAUGAACCUGCGUUGAAAGCCACUUACGAAAUUUUCCUGGCCAGGGAAUCUUCAAUGUCUUCCCUUUCAAACAUGCCAAAGUUUGAAACAAUACCAAUCGAGGGUCAAGAUGGGUGGGUGUGGGACCACUUCAACACGAGCGUGCCCAUGUCCACCUACCUGGUCGCCUUCGUCAUCUCCGACUUCAUCUCUUAUUCGCAUGAUGAACUUCUUCCUGACAGAGAAAACGUUAAGGAAGGGCCUCUCUAACUAUCUCAACGGUCUGAAAUAUAAAAGUGCUGAGCAAGACGACUUGUGGCAUUACCUGACAGAAGCUGCUCAUGAAGAUGCCGCACUGCCGUCAGGCAUGACAGUCAAGAAGGUCAUGGACACCUGGACGCUGCAGAUGGGUUACCCUGUCAUCAAGGUUGUGAGGAGCUCAGACGGCACCUCGGCAACCCUCACUCAGGAACGAUUUUUAUUGGUAAAGAACGAGAACUCGUCAGACACCCAUGACUACAAGUGGUGGGUUCCACUAACAUACACGAGUCAAGAUAACACUAAUUUCAACAACACUCAAACACAAGUAUGGAUGAAGGAUUCUGAGGCAAAGAUCACAGUCUCUUUGCCAAGGAAGGACCAGUGGGUCAUCUUCAACGUACAGGAGACAGGUUAUUAUAAAGUGAACUAUGACGACGACAACUGGAACUUGCUCAUUCAGCAACUGAACAACGACCACAAAGUUAUCCAUUUGAUAAACCGUGCUCAGAUCAUCGACGACGCCAUGGACCUCGCACAAGCUGGUACGUCUUUGUUUUAAUGUGAGGUAAUGUGC